CGAUGGACAAUGGUGGGGCGGAGGCGGCCGGCGGCGGCGGCGGGCCCGAGCUGCUGACGGUGGGCUACGAGCGGGUGCGGACGCGGUCACGAUGCAGCAUCGGCGCGCCGUCCCCGGUCAUCGGCGACGACUGGCGGUCGGCGUCGGUUCCGUUUCGGGAGAAACUGCGCUACCUCUACGAGAACCAGAUCAUGGUCGACGUCACCUUCCACCUGUACGAGCCGCAGGCGGCGGGGGACGAGGCGCCCCCGGAGCGGCGGUCAGCGGUCACCAACGGUCACGGCGGGCCCUCCGACUCCGACUCGGACUCGGACUCGGACUCUGAGUCGGCUGACGGGCCGGCGCUGGUGGUGGGCGCCCACCGGCUGGUGCUCGGCAUGGCCAGCGCCGUGUUCCAGAACACCCUGUACGGCGGCCAGCCACCCGAGCGGCCGGUGGUCGUCAGGGACUGGGACCCCGGCACGUUCAAACUCAUGAUCGAGUUCAUCUACUCGGGCGAGUGCAUCAUCGCGUCGGUGGAGAAGGCGCGCGACAUAUUCCACAUCGGUCGCGCCUACCAGUGCGCCGACCUGGUGCGCUACAUCUCGCAGUUCGUGGCGGACGCGGUGCGCAGCUACCGGUUCACGCCGCUCACCUGCGGUAACCUGUUCUUCUUCCUGGAGUUCUCGCGCGAGGUGGCGGACGUCGAGCUGACUCAGCUCUGCUGGGGCUACGUCGACCAGUACGCGGCACGCAUCAUCGGCACGCCCGACUUCAGCGGCCUCUCCAAGGACAUGGUGGCCACCAUCCUGGACCGCGAGACCUUCGACGUCGGCGAUGAGCUGGUCGUCUUCCUGGCGGUGAAGCGGUGGGGCGAGCACCAGCUGCGCGCGGCCGGCCAGCGCGCCCAGCACGAGACGCUGCGCCAGACGUGCGCCGACCUGCUGCCCUUCGUGCACAUGGACCGCAUCGACGAGAGCGACUUCGUCAAGACGGUGCUGCCGUCGGGCCUGGUCGGGCCGCAGGAGCUCAUCAGCUUCUUCAUGGUGCGCGGCAUCGAGAUCCCGCGCAACAUCGACCUGGGCGACAACCAGUCGGCCUGCCGCAUGCUGAUGGAGCCGCACCGGCGCCGGCCGCCGCCGCACGAGCGCUGCCUCCGCUACCGCGCCGGCUACAAGCUGGCCAGGGACGACAUGGAGGCGCUGCACGAGCUGCGCUUCCGCGCCGACAAGGACCUCCAGCUGGUGGGCCUGCACCUGGGCUACAUCUUCAGCCAGAUGGAGCUGGGCCUGACGGUGCGCGUGCAGGGCCCGUUCGAGCGCGUCCAGUGGACGGACGCGUUCUCUCAGUACCACCGUGUGAGCGGCGACUGUGUGGGCGCGGCGCCGGCCGACAUGCGCGUGCUGUUCCACCAGCCGGUGGCCGUCGAGGGCGGCUGCUGCUACAAGGUGACCGUCAAGGUGGACCGCUGGAAGUACACCCAGAGCGAUUUCAACAUCUGGGGCGGCCAGAGCGGGCCCAGCCGGGUGCGGACGGACGACGGCCGGCACUUCUACUUCCUGCAGGCGGCCAUCGAGAAGGGCCGCGACAUCCGGUUCGCCGACAUGAAACAGUGUCGCGGGCUCAUCACCGAGCUGCUCUACAAACCCGUCUGACCAGCGCCGGCGGCGGUCUGAAACGACUGCUGAAGAUUCCAGGACUCGACGGAGGGCAGUCCGGCGGUGGCUGGCAGACGGACGGAUAUAUCACGACAUUGCCGCCGUGCCGAGCGGCGGUCCAGCAGCGGCAUGUGGUCGCCGCGCUCCCCUCGCACCGCCGCGCCUGUCGGCGAGACGACGGCCGACCAGCCGCGAGCGCCGGCCGUCCCCAGUGACAUACCUCGCUCACAGUGUUCAUACAAACAUGCAGACAUCCUAACGAAUGUGCCGUGACCAGCCGCUGCUCCACAAUGCACAGGAAAUACACUACAAAUCAAACCCGU